UGUAAGAGUUUCAAAUAAGUUAAGUUUAUGGAUUAGUGUGUGCAUAGUUGUUAUGUUGUUUGUGGAUGUUUGUGUUUUUUUAAACUUUAUUAUUAUUUUUUAUUCACUAAAGCUUUAUUCUCUUUAUAAAUAGGAGUUACUGUACAGAGAAUCGACAAUGUCAACUGUUUAGAAAGAUAUCUUAGAUUAUAAAUAAAAAUGUUAGAAAGUGAGGAUCGUGGUUUAAGUAUGAAGCGUUCUUCGUGUGAUAUAGUUUUUGUAAAGCCAUGUGAACCGAUGACUGGUAACUUGUCACCGCCACUUACUCGCAUGCGCCGCAAGAGUAAUUUUAACAUUCGUGAUAUUGUACCAGAAGCGUGCGUUUCAACCUCUUCAGUAGAUUAUCCAGUGUCUUCAGAAAAUGACUGUAGUGGUGAUGAAUCAAAUAGUGAUCUUGACGUUAUGGGCUCGAGUACUGAUACACCACUUCCACUAGACUGUUCAUGUCCCAGUCUCGUGGCUUAUAGUGGCUGCCUAGAGCACCAAGGUCAAUCAAUGCAGACAAAUCAAUCAGGGAGUGCAAAGUUCAAUGAAUUAAAAAAGACUGAAAAACCACCUUUUAGUUACAAUGCUCUUAUUAUGAUGGCUAUUCGUGACAGCCCUGAAAAGCGGCUUACGCUAGCUGGUAUCUAUGAUUACAUUACAAAGAACUUUCCUUACUAUGAAAAUAAUAAACAGGGAUGGCAGAACUCAAUUAGACAUAAUUUGUCACUUAAUAAAUGCUUUAUAAAGGUGCCACGACACUAUGAUGAUCCUGGUAAGGGAAAUUACUGGAUGCUUGACGCAAGUAGUGAAGACGUCUUUAUUGGUGGUACAACAGGAAAGCUGCGCCGGCGUACGACUACAGCGUCGCGCUCCCGCAUGGCUGCAUUCAAACGUAGUGCGAUUUUUGGAAGUCCAUAUCCUAACGGACUUCAUCCCAAUCAGCAUAGAUCUAUUAACUCUUGGUCACCCUCACUUUACAGUAUUCAGCAGUAUUUACCGCAAAAUUCUCUAGCUUAUGGUUCGUCACUGGUUUUGGGACACAGUAAGAAUCUCAUUCAACAGCAACAACAGCAACCGAAUUAUCAACCUCGCACCACCGAUUUUUUAACUUAUAAGCCUUAUGCUUUACCUCUGUCGUCUUUUUCCUCCAAUUCUGGACCCUUUUCGGUCGAGCGUUUGCUUCAUCAACAACAUCAUUCAGGUCUUACUACAACAUCUACUGAGUACCAACUUCCUGCUCAAUCAUCUUAUGAUUUUUUUACUACAUUACGACAUCUGCAACAGCAUCAGGUAGCAGUUAUUGCACAACAUAAGCAAUUUCAUGAUCAAAAUCAUCAUCAUAAUCAACAACAACAACAACAACAACAACAACAACAACAACAACAACAACAACAACAACAACAACAACAACAACAACAACAACAAGCGAAAUCACAUCAUCAAGAGCAGCAGCAGAAACUGCAGCAACAGUCCAGGUAUCAACUUGUAGAAGCCUUACGCCAACCAACCUCGCUAAGUAGCAGUCCUGAACCGUCCCACUUGUCAACGAACACAGGCCUGAAUGAUAACCUGCCUCAACCCCUUCUUAAACCUAUUACAGUAUUAACGGGUAGGCAGAGCUAAAGCUCAUCGCUUAGUUUUACCUAUGUUCUUCUAUUUAUUCUUCCUUUGAACUAUCUAAGGGUCUUUACGUGUUAUCAAGAUCGUAAACGAUCUCAAACUAUGUAAACGGUAUCAGAAUCUUAGGUUUAGUCGCUUGUACACCACUAUUUUUGUGUAACAUGCUUAUGUUAAUACUAGGACCAAUGUUUAGAAAAGCUCGAAGCCCUUUGCUUAAUACU